GGGGGGAGGGGCCGCCCCUGCUGAGGCGGGGCCGCUCCUCAGCGCUUCCGGCAGCGCGCAGCUAUGGCUACUGGGCGGGUCGUCUACCCCCUGUACCAGCUGGGGAACCCCCAGCUGAGGAUUUUCCGCACUAAUUUCUUCAUGACGCUGGUGAGGCCAGGUGUGCCACAGCCGGAAGAUGUGGUGCAGUUCCGUGUCUCCAUGGAGAUGACAAGAGUGGAUAUUAAAAACUACCUUGAAAAAAUAUACAAUGUUCCAGUAGCUGCUGUGAGGACCAGGAUACAGUUUGGCUCAAACAAGAAGAGGAACCAUAAGAACCAGAAAGUGAAGUGCCCAGAUUACAAGGUUGCCUAUGUGCAGCUGGAUCAGGGACAAACUUUUCAGUUCCCCAACCUAUUUCCAGAGAAAGAACAAACACCAGAAUCUGGCUCUAUUGACAUCCAGAACAAAUAUCUUGAGGAAGAAAGACAGAAGUACCAAGUCGAUCCCAGGCGAGGAGGAGUUCCGGAUUGGUUUGGACUUUGAUGGAAUGAGCCAGCUGCCUUUCUUUAGGCCUCUCCAGGGGAUUUUAAUCCGCAGAACCUGCUGCUUCCUCUCUUCAUAAAGACAUGGGCUUUAUUUCUGAGCAGCUUUUGGUAGCAUUUUGUUAUUCUCAGUUUUCUAUGUAAGACUACAACAAAAUGCCCCCAAAUAAAUAAAAAGGUAAAAUAAA